UGCAGCAUAAUUCAUAAGAUGACAGAUUGUUCCAUGCAGCUAAUGACUUUUUGUUGAAGCUGAAGCAUUUUUGGUGACUGUUGAUAAAUACGAUAUCGGGUCAAUCAAUCGACGAAAAACCCAUUGAGUGCCUGUGGAAUUGAUAGGCUUAUCGUACAAUAAUCACACGGUUGUUAUUGCAAGAGAUAUUCUGCUAAGACGCAAAGGUUACGAACUGGAGUGAUAUAAUUUAUCACCACGAUAUCGCAGUAAUGUUUUAAUAAAAGAUCUAAUCCGUUCAGAAUCCCGCGAAAUGUUGUUACAGCUAUAUUCCCUAGUGGUUCUGACUCUCGAUUUAAUAACAUUGUUGUGUGGCAUCUGGCUAUCGAUAAUUGUGGCCCUGUACCGCACCCUGAGACCUCCACCUCUUAAACAAGUUAAUGGAGAAAUUGCAAUGGUGGUGGGAGUGGGACGUGGAGUUGGUCGAGAAAUUGCUAUUCAGCUGUGUCAGCUAGGUGUUACUGUCGCCUGUGUUGAUAAGGAUGGCGAUAUGUGCGAAUCUGCUGCUAGACAGGCAGCCAAGAAUACUGGUCGUGCCAGGGCGUAUGUCUGUGAUGUUACUGAUAAGGAGCAAGUUCAAACAACUGUAGAAUCAAUUACUGAGGAUUUGGGAUUCAUUACAAUGGUUUUCCACUGUUGUGCAGUACCCAGUCCCCGAGUGUUGCUGGAGGAAACACCAGAAAUUCGAAAAGCCAUGGAGCUAUCAGUAAUAAGUCAUUUUUGGCUGUUGGAGUCUGUUCUGCCAGGCAUGGAGCGAGCUGGUCGUGGCCACAUAGUUGCACUGUCCUCAGUAGCUGGAUUCUCUGGUGGUUCAAGUAGAAGUGGUAGAGUACAACUUUCAACAGCUCAAUUUGCUGUACAGGGCUUCGCUGAGUCCCUUCACGCUGAAUUUAGACAAUCAAAUAGUAAUAUUGUCAUAACACUCGUGCAUGUUUAUCCAUUUAUCGUGGGAGCAGAGAUGGCCAAGGACAUAAGGUUCAGAUUACCCAGUUAUUUUGGAACAAUGCCAGCCACUGAAGCAGCGAAAAAAAUUUUGGACGGUGUACGCAGAAAUUAUGCGGAAUUCAGUGUGCCAGGCUAUCUAUUGUAUCUCGGACACUUACUCAGAAUUCUUCCCAAGAAGGCAUCUUUCAUGCUGCGAGACCUACUGGAUACUGGAGUAGAUUUCGGAUGAUCCCAGAACGAUAAUCUCCCCACAUCAUUCAAACUCCCUAUGAAGUAAGACUGAAAGUCCACCUCCAGUGUUGUACACAGCUUUACUACUAUCACUUACAUGUCAGUCCUUAAAUUAACGAAAUACCUGCAGUCUCACCAAAUUAGACCAAUAUUUUGUUACAUAUUUUAUCAAUAGAAAAAUAUAGAAAGCGACGUUCAUUAUGUACAAAUAA